AAGGGCCCGAAGCAGGACUAAGAGGUUGAUCACUCCAACUACAUGGCGACCAUUGAAGUCAAAUCACACCGGGUUAUUCACCAAGUACUAUGGAGUGAAUUGUUACUGCCCAAGCCGGGCCUGCGACUCGAGACAAGCAGCGUCAAACAACCAGAACUGCAACGGCCUCGUCCGUACUCUCCCCUCCCACCUCUUGUUCUUCCUGCCGACCUCAAACUAUCCUGUAAGCAGAUGACGGACUCGUAUGUUUCUUCCACCAAUGGCGAUGCCCUCACGGCAAAUGGCACAAGCAAGUUGAAUGGAUCCAGUCCUUCGCCCACUCCUCCUUCAGACUCGGGUAACUCUCCUAUAAUCCGCAAAAAGCUCAACGGUUACGUUGGCUUUGCAAACCUACCCAACCAGGUCCACAGGAAGAGUGUACGCAAGGGCUUCCAGUUCACUGCCAUGGUCGUCGGCGAGUCUGGUCUCGGCAAGUCCACGCUCAUCAAUACCUUGUUCAAUACUCGUCUCUACCCUCCUACGGAGCCCUUGCCUCCCAGCGCAGAGCGACCUCAGACUGUUGCCAUUGAGAGCAUUAGUGCUGAUAUCGAAGAGAAUGGUGUUCGGCUUCGCCUCACUGUCGUUGACACUCCCGGUUUUGGAGAUUUCGUUAACAACGAUGAGAGCUGGAAGCCCAUCGUGGAGAACAUUGAGUCUCGGUUUGAUUCCUACCUGGAGCAGGAGAACCGCGUGAAUCGACAAAAGAUCAUCGACAAUCGUGUUCACGCGUGCCUUUACUUCAUCCAGCCCACUGGUCAUUCACUGAAGCCGAUUGACAUCGAGUUCAUGCGUCAAUUGCACACGAAAGUCAAUCUGAUCCCCAUCAUUGCGAAAGCUGAUACCCUCACUGACGAAGAAGUUGCUGACUUCAAGGCUCGCGUUCUUGCGGAUAUCGCCUACCAUAAGAUUCACAUCUUCCAGGCGCCAACUUAUGAGAACGAGGACGAGGAGGCCAUUGCCGAAGCGGAGGAAAUUGCUAGCAAGAUCCCCUUCGCCGUGGUUGGAUCAGAUCGUCUUGUUACCACCCCUGACGGCCGAAAGGUUCGCGGUCGUGCGUAUCCCUGGGGUGUAGUUGAGGUGGACAACGAGGACCAUUGCGACUUUGUUAAGCUCCGACAGAUGCUUGUUCGCACGUACAUGGAAGAAUUGAGGGAGUACACUAACGACGUUCUGUACGAGAACUGGCGUACGGAGAAGCUGAUAAGCAUGGGUGUUGUCCAAGACUCAAGUGUCUUCAAAGAAGUCAACCCUGCUAUCAGGAUCCAGGAGGAGCGCGUCAUGCACGAGGCCAAGCUCGCGAAGAUGGAGGCCGAAAUGAAGAUGGUCUUCCAGCAGAAGGUGCAGGAGAAGGAAGCCAAGCUCAAGCAAUCGGAAGAGGAGCUCUACGCCAGACAUCGCGAGAUGAAGGAGGCGCUCGAGAAGCAGCGACUCGACUUAGAGGACAAGAAACGACGCAUCGAGAGUGGCCGGCCAUUGACUCCGGAGAAGAACACGAGGAAGAAGGGCUUCCUCCGAACGUGAUUUUGGGCGUGAUUUUGGGCGUGCUUUGGUGCUCGCAUUAUCUUUCGUUUUUGCCCUAUUGCCUUCAUCUUAUGGUCACGGACAUGUUGAUUGUCCUCCACCUCGAUCCCUUACCUUAUCGUACAUUUCUGUCGAGAGACUCUGCCUGUUAAUUCCUUUCUGUGAUUUUUUGAACACUCACACACUCGUUUGAUGGAUACCGGAUUGCUUUCCGCUUAUUUCUCUUUAUCCUAGUUAGUAUUCCUCGGCUCUCUGAAGCUCUGUAGGGUUCUGUACGAGUGGCAUUGGUCGCAUACCCUAUACCAUGACCGUGACGCCAACAGCUAUAAACAGUAACUGAGUGCUCGGCUACUGCCGCAUUACCCCUUGUCCAUCUAAGCGUCUGAAUUCUACCACCGUCAUCU